UUUGCUUCCCGGCGCCGGAGUGAGUGCGUCCCUGGCUCAGCCCCUGCCCGUGCUAAGCCGCCCAGAUAAGAAAACUGCAGCCAAAAGAAGGACCAUGGCUUUGGAAGGUGGAGUUCAGGCCGAGGAGGUAGAUGCUGUCCUUGGUCGGCUCACGCCUCUCCAGAUGUAGGAAGCCGGUCAGGCAGCCAUGGAGUGGCACAAUGACACAAGCCAGGCUCUGGGCUCGCCACCGACCACCUGUGUCUACCGAGAGGACUUUAAGCGACUCCUGCUGCCACCCGUGUACUCCGUGGUGCUGGCGGCUGGCCUGCCGCUGAAUAUCUGUGUCAUCGUCCAGAUCUGCUCGUCCCGCCGGGCCUUGACCCGCUCGGCCGUGUACACCCUGAACCUGGCCCUGGCCGACCUGCUGUACGCCUGCUCCCUGCCCCUGCUCAUCUACAACUACGCCCGGGGCGACCACUGGCCCUUCGGCGACUUCACCUGCCGCCUGGUGCGCUUCCUCUUCUAUGCCAACCUACACGGCAGCAUCCUCUUCCUCACCUGCAUCAGCUUCCAGCGCUACCUGGGCAUCUGCUACCCGCUGGCCCCCUGGCACAAGCGCGGGGGCCGCCGGGCGGCCUGGGUGGUGUGUGGGGCCGUGUGGCUGGCUGUGACGACCCAGUGCCUGCCCACGGCCUUCUUCGCCUCCACCGGCAUCCAGCGUAACCGCACCGUCUGCUACGACCUGAGCUCGCCGGCCCUGGCCACCCGGUACCUGCCCUACGGCAUGGCCCUCACAGUCAUCGGCUUCCUGCUGCCCUUCGCCGCCCUGCUGGCCUGCUACUGCCGCCUGGCCCGCCGCCUGUGCCGCCAGGACGGCCCCGCGGGGCCGGUGGCCCAGGAGCGGCGUGGCAAGGCGGCCCGCAUGGCCGUGGUGGUGGCGGCCGUCUUCGCCAUCAGCUUCCUGCCUUUCCACAUCACCAAGACAGCCUACCUGGCGGUGCGCUCCACGCCGGGCGUCUCCUGCCCCGUGCUGGAGGCCUUCGCAGCCGCCUACAAAGGCACGCGGCCCUUCGCCAGUGCCAACAGCGUGCUGGACCCCAUCCUCUUCUACUUCACCCAGAAGAAGUUCCGCAGGCGGCCGCACGAACUGCUCCAGAAACUCACGGCCAAGUGGCAGCGGCAGGGCCGCUGAGCCCACCGGGCAGGACAGACCCCGAUGUCUCACCGACAGCUAUUUAUUGAGCCCCUUUUCUGGACCAGGCCCUGUGGGCACAGACUCAGAGCAGCCUGCGCCUGGCUCUGCAGAAGGUCCCGGGAGCCACGGCGAGGUGGAGAGGCCGUGUGAAGCUGCUCACACAAAUACACGUGACGUGUACUGUCAUUGAGGAGUAUGCUGCCUGCGUUGGAGUCACUUAUAAGGGCGCGAGGGAAGAUGGGGGUGGGGGGAGUGAGAGCUUCUGGGAAGAGGCAUUGGAGCUGGGUUUUGAGGGAUGCAUAGGAGCUGGGUAUGAUGUUCCAUUCAUUGAGCAAACCUUUACUGACACGGUGUGUUCAGGCCUGGGUUGGUUGUGGGCCCCAAAAGAACCAGACCCAUACCGGCUCCCAACUACUGGAAGUUUUGACGCAGGGAUGUCAAGGCUGCGAGUGAGGGAAGCGUGGCUGCGGGGAAGGAGUGCUCAGAGGAUGCCCAUGACCCAGAUCAAGAAGUCAGGAGAGAUCUUUUGCGGGGGAGGGAGAAGGAAGGGGAGCAUCUGAACCAGAUGUUAAAGGCUGUUGGGAGCUCUGCCAGCAGAAGGGGGGAGGGAGCGUGUUCGUACAGCCUGGGCCAGCCCUAUGCUAGGCUCUGCCCUGGGGCCGACAGGCAGAGAGCUGGGGUGGGCUGCACGUGGCCUCCUGUGUGUGAAAGCUGAAAAAAUAAGAGCUGUCUCAUGGCCACUCUCCAGACAACCAAUGGCAGGAGUGGGGCUCAGCAGAAGGAGAAAUCAGGGAGUGCUUCUUAGAAGAGGUGGAGCUUGAGGUGGGAGGAACCCAACAGGCAGAGCGGAGGCUCCUGCUCCUGGUGAAGGUACUGUGCAGGCAAAACCCAGAGGCAGAGACGCGCUGCGCCUGGAGGUAAAGCAAGUGAGUUUCAACUCGGCCCAGGGGUUGGGUGUGUGAGGAGUGGGGCGUUAAGAAGCUGGGUGAUGGCCCGGCCGGCAUGGCUUAGUGGUUGAGCAUCGACCUAUGAACCAGGAGGUCGUGGUUCGAUUCCCGGUUGGGGCACAUGCCCGGGUUGUGGGCUCAAUCCCCAGUGUGUGGGGCGUGCAGGAGGCAGCCGAUCCAUGAUUCUCUCUCAUCAUGGAUGUUUCUCUCUCUCUCUCUCCCUCUCCCUUCCUCUCUGAAAUCAAUAAAAACAUAUU